UUAGAUUUUUAAGAAGCCCCGCCCAUAAUUACACUUAUACUCGUGGUACAUUCACAAUGGAGUACAUUUCUCCUCCUUUGAGUAGAGAAGAGGACAGUAUGCAGCGAAUCCUUUGCUGUCAGUGUGGUACAAUGAUUGAGCCAAAUCCAGCCAAUAUGUGCGUGGCUUGCCUAAGGACCCAGGUCGAUAUCACUGAAGGAAUACCAAAGCAAUCUACUGUAUACUUCUGUAGGAGUUGUGAAAGGUAUUUGCAGCCUCCAUCUGGUUGGGUUUCUUGUAGUCUAGAGUCCCGUGAGUUGCUCGCUCUCUGUCUCAAGAAACUGAAGGGUCUUGGUAAGGUACACCUGGUAGAUGCAGGAUUCAUAUGGACAGAGCCUCACUCGAAGAGACUCAAGAUAAAACUAACCAUACAGAAGGAAGUGCUAGCAGGGACUCUAUUACAGCAGGUUUUUGUCGUUGAGUUCAUUGUUCAUCAUCAAAUGUGUGAGGACUGUCAGAGAAGAGAAGCUAAAGAUUACUGGAAAGCCGUCGUUCAAGUUAGACAAAAGACGACACAUAAGAAGACGUUUCUUUACCUCGAGCAGUUGAUCCUUAAGCACAACAUUCACUCAAACGUCCUCCGAAUAAAAGAAAUAAAAGGAGGCCUUGACUUCUAUUACGCUCAAAAACAAGACGCUAGGAAAAUGGUGGAAUUCAUAAUGAGCGUGGUCCCAUCAAAGUACAAGACGUCGCAGGAAUUAAUAUCUCACGAUGUUCAUAGCAAUACUUAUAAUUACAAAUUCACCUUCUCGGUUGAGAUAGUUCCGGUAUGUAGGGACAAUGUAGUCUGUCUGCCUCGUAAGGUAGCCAAUAGUCUCGGAAAUAUUAGGUUAGGAGAGAAAGAUACUUGUACAAAU